GUACCAUGACAAARGACCAAGCAAGUAAACGUUUUUAUCGAGUGGAUAGUAAUUAUGAUUUUACUGCGUUUAUGGAUCGCGGCCAAACAGCUGCAUACGAAAAUCGAUGGGUUUUUGAAACAGCUUGGGAAGUCUGCAAUAAAGUAUAUGUGUGCGUUUGGUUAUUGCGAUUCAAUCUCGAUGAAGAAGCUGGUAAAAGACAAAUUUAUCAUCGUUAUUGCAUGGAACGAGCUGCAGCACAUGUUGCACACGUUUUUACCACAGUAUCUGAUAUUACCGGAAAAGAAUCCGAGUAUUUACUCUCCCGUAAGCCUGAUAUUAUAACUCCCAAUGGAUUAAACGUUGUCAAGUUUUCAGCAUUGCACGAAUUUCAAAACCUUCAUUCGCURUCCAAAGAGAAGAUUCACGAUUUUGUCCGCGGCCAUUUCCAUGGACAUUAUAAUUUCGAUCUGGAGAAGACGUUAUAUUUUUUUACGGCUGGAAGAUAUGAAUUUUCUAACAAAGGAGCAGACAUAUUUAUCGAAGCGUUAGCUCGUUUAAAUCAUUAUUUGAAAAAUGCCAAUUCGGAUAUGACUGUCGUAGCCUUCCUGAUAUUUCCAGCGCGGACGGAAAACUUUAACGUGGAAAGUCUCCGCGGCCACGCAGUUACCAAAAGCUUACGAGACACUAUACUAGAAAUACAAACAAAAGUCGGCCGAAGGAUUUACGAAAUUUGUCUWAGGGGCCGUAUGCCUGUCGAAGAAGAGUUAUUAAACAAAGAAGACACCGUCAGGUUGAAACGGUGUCUGUACGCUUUACAAAGGGACGGUCUGCCGCCGGUAACCACCCAUAACGUAGUAAAUGAUUGGUGCGAUCCCGUAUUGAACACGAUACGGAGAUGUAAGCUAUUCAACACUACAGCCGACAAAGUUAAA